AUGGAGAAGAAAUCUGGGGGAAGGCAAUCAAACACGCAAUCAUUCGUUUAUCAAGAUGCUUGUGAUGUUGUGAAGUUUUUGACUAAUAAUGCUACAGACCAUGCAUUAGUUUUGCCAGGACGGAUACCCGGUUAUAAGAGAGACGACAUCAAAUUAUUACCAUCAUUGCACACAAAAGUUAUAGUUUAUGAUCAGUAUAAGACAAUUCUUGAAAAAUCAGAUGAAAACAAAAGUGAAAGAGUACGACUUCAAGAACAACAACAUCUUUACAUAGUUCAGCAAGAAAGAUCUUUGUAUAAUGCCAUGGUAUCUGAUGCCAAAAGCACCUGUAAACAACAUGGAAUCAUGCAAUUAACUACAAAUUUACCUUGCAGUCGCAAUUUAUCUAUGCACUACAGUUUUGACUAUGCCCAACAAGUCCAUUUACCCAGUAACCCUAUGCAACCAGGACCUCUUUACUUCUUAGUGCCAAGAAAAGUUGAAAUAUUUGGUGUUUGCUGCGAGGGCAUACCGAAACAGGUGAAUUUUUUGGUUGAUGAAGGGCAUCUAAUUAGCAAAGGAUCAAAUGCAGUCAUAUCAUAUAUGGAUUUCUAUUUUGAUCAUUAUGGUAUUGGAGAAACCGUAGCUAAUUUACAUUGCAACAAUUGUUCUAGUCAAAAUAAAAAUCGAUGUAUGAUUUGGUAUUGUGCAUGGCGUGUUGCGAAAAGACUUCAUCAUUCAAUUUCAUUGAAUUUUCUUAUAGCAGGUCACACCAAAUUUGCACCUGACUGGUAUUUUGGAUUGAUGAAGAAGUCUUUUCGUAGACAUUCCGUUCCUGCGCUAAGUGUCUUACAGGAGGGAGUCAACCUAAGUUCAUCUGUUAACGUUGCUCAAGUAGUGGGUACAGAAGAUGGAACAACAAUUGUACCAGUUUAUGAUUGGCAAAAUUUUUUUGCAGAAGAUUGCCAACCACUUCCUGGAAUAAAAUCAUAUCAGCAUUUCAGAUUUGAUUGUCAGCAUCCAGGUACAGUGUUUGCUAAGUCAGCAACUGAUAGUGAGGAGAAAAUCUUUUACAUUUUGAAGAAUAAUAAGAGAGGAUAA